AUGAAUGCCUUGUGGUGGCAUGGUCCACAAAGGCUAUUACCCCCCAAUCCAUGGCCACGGUCUAAGUUUGAAGGUGAGAAUCAUAAUCAAACUCUCCAAGAGGAACGUAAGCCACAUGUAACCACACCUGACGCGUUUAACUCCAACUUUCUAGCUAAGUAUUCGGAUUUGAGUAAGUUAUUACACAUCACUUGUUACAUUUUACGAUUUUGCCACAACUUCCAAAGACCUGUAGAUCUUCGCUUAACUGGAUUACCAACUGUGUGUGAAUGGCGAUCAGCCAACUUAAAAUGGAUCCGGUUAGUACAACAGGAAUGCUUUCCACUCGACAUCCAUCAGCUGCAACUGGGUCUCCCUGUCAAGUCAUCCAGUACUCUGGUCAGUCUACACCCCUUCCUUGACAUAGCAGGGGUCUUACGCGUUGGUGGUCGACUCACUCAAUCCAGUUUACCUUAUGACAUGAGGCAAAAUUUUGUCAAAAUUCGAUCUCUAAAUGCUUAUAAAAAAAAAAAUGUGCCUAUGUAUUUUUAA